ACAAGACGACAACAAAUAAGCUAACUAAUGCUAUCGCUAAAUGGGUCGCAACCGACUGCAGACCCAUCAACAUCGUUGAAGACAAGGGGCUUCGAGACAUUAUCCAGAUCGCCUCAGGGGACUCAUCCUACAAAACGCCUUCGAGGGGAACUAUUGUCACAAGAAUCCAUGAACUAUAUGGAAGUGAAAAGGAAAGGAAAGUGGAGCAGUUGGCACGAGCUUCAUUUAUUGCACUGACAAGAGACCACUUGACAUCAGUAAGCAACCAUAACUAACUCGGCAUAACAGCUCAUCUAAUAGAUGAUAAUUGGCAGCUGCACUCGUUUGCGUUAGGUGUAGUGAAAACAGAGGAGAGGCAUUUCGCCGAAGCAUGCGCUCGCCAGUUUCUUGACGUUGCUAAAGAGUGGGGGAUAACGGAAAGGGUCAUCACUAUUGGAACAGAUAGUGCUCGUAAUAUGGUAGCGGCAGCCAGGAGUCUACCAUUCGAGCAUAUGCCUUGUGUAGCGCACAUUAUUCAGCGGACGAUCACGGUGUCUCUCCGUGACAGCGGGUUUGAUGGUGCAUUAGCCAAGUGCCGUAAAAUCGUUGGACAUUUUAAACACAGUCCUGCAAACACAGCGGAGUUGAAAGUUCAGCAAGCUUCCCAUGGACAGACAGAAGGGUCACUCAUCCAGGAUGUAGCCACACGCUGGAAUUCAACACUGGAGAUGAUAAAGCGUAUCCAGCACAACAAAGAGCCACUAAAGGCAACACUUGCCCAGCAGAAGCACAACUUGGCCACGCUAACCUCAGCUGAAUAUGACCGGCUAGCAAAUUUGGAAACACUGCUGGAGCCAUGCAGGUAUGUUACUGAGCUCUUGGGGGGUGACAAAUAUGUUUCCUGCUCUGUGGUCCUGCCUGCACUCUGCCACCUUCUGCGUACAAUGGAGAUUUCCGAUGUUGACCCUGCCUACAUAGUGCGCUUCAAGGCUGUAUUCAAAGGGGACCUCAACACAAGAAAGGAGAACACAAACCUGUCAUGGUUAAAGCUAGCAACAGCUCUAGAUCCCAGAUUCAAGGACCUCAGGUGCCUGUCCAAAGCAGAGAGGGAAGAGGUGUGGCAAAAGCUGAGUCAGAUGCUGAAGGACAGAGAUACUGAAUCACAGCCCUGCAGCGAUGAAAUGGAACCAGAACCACCAAAGAAGAAAGUGGCUCUCCUACUGUUGGGGUCAGAGUCAGAGUCUGAUGAGGAUGCAAAUUUUAAUGACAAAACUCUGGACAGAAAUGCGGCCACAGACUCAGGGGUUUCUUAA